UUCACCCAUUUUUGUUUUCCAAACCUGAGCUCAUUGAAACAAUUAAGGUUGCUGGCUCUAAAAUGGCUCAACCAAAGGGUGAAGGCACUUGGUCAACCGGCCUCUGGGACUGCUUCUCCGACAUGCGUAGCUGUUUCGUGACAUUUUGGUGUCCAUGCAUUACUUUCGGGCAGAUCUCCGAGAUUGUAGAUAAAGGAGAAUCCUCCUGCUGUGGAAAUGCAGCCCUGUUUUUCCUGAUAAGUCUUUUCACAAGUUGUGGCUUUUGUUACUCAUGCGUUUAUCGUCAAAAACUGCGAAAACAGUAUAUGUUGGAGGAGAGCCCCUGUUUGGAUUGCUGUGUUCAUCUUUUCUGCCUUCAUUGUGCCUUGUGCCAAGAAUAUCGUGAGCUCAAGAACCGUGGGUUUGACGUGCCCCAUGGAUGGCAUGGGAACGCGCAAAUGAACAAUCAAGGAGUGGCGCUGGCUCCGGCUGUGGAAGGAGCGAUGAAGCGGUGAUACUGCUGAAUUGAAGAAAAUUUGCAUGCGUGCAUGGGGAGUGUUAUUAAU